AGAGGCGAAGCACGCUGUACCAUGCGAGCUCGCGCUCGAAAAUCGCAAUGUCGGAUCCACGGUGACGCGCAUCAUCUUCAUCACCAUCUUCAUCACCACCGCCGCCAUCAUCAUCAUCACCACCAACAAUAUCGCCCUCGAUCGCCCCGUUUUGCAAAGGAAACGUGUUUUUUUUCCCCAUCGGAGGAACUUCGCUGGAACAUAGAGGGUCCGCGCGCGGGGAAACAUGGCCGAAGGAGGGCCGCGCGGCGACGCCGCCAAGUGCCCGGGGCAGGAGGAGCGGAGCCCGGGGCAGGUCCUGGCUGGAUCCGGCUACUGCAAAUGGUUUAAUGUGCGCAUGGGAUUUGGAUUUAUAUCGAUGACCCAGAGCGAGGGGCGUCCAGUGGACCCUCCGUUAGACGUCUUUGUCCACCAGAGUAAACUGGUGAUGGAGGGCUUUCGGAGCCUGAGGGAAGGUGAGCAGGUGGAGUUCACCUUUAAAAGGUCCAGUAAAGGGUUGGAGUCGCUCAGGGUAACGGGGCCCGGGGGCGGACCCUGCUCCGGCAGCGAACGACGCCCCAAAGGAAAGGCCCUGCCCCCAAAACGCAAACCAAAGGGAGACCGGUGUUAUAACUGUGGAGGUCUGGACCACCAUGCUAAAGAGUGCAGUCUGCCACCUCAGCCAAAGAAAUGCCACUACUGUCAGAGCGUGAGUCACAUGGUGGCCCAGUGUCCCCACCGGGGGGCGCCAUCCCCCUGCAGCUCUCAGGACCCCCGGCUGGCCCGAGACGACACCCACUCUUCAUCUCCAGAGGACACGCCUCCCACUUCUCAGCGCUGGAGGCUGUCCCGAGACUGA